GAAAUGGCCCUGGAAAUGGCUAAUGGCUGCGGUAAAAUUGUUAAAAAGGAAUUAAGAUUACUUUGUCGAAAUGGAGCCUACUCAAAUCAUUGAUGUGGUUAGCGUAUGAAAUAUUAUUGACUGUAUUAUUUUCGAGAGAUACCGUUGUUCCAUGACUCCUCUAAUAAAUAUUACGUUGACGGAAAAUGACAGUAUUAGAAGCAGAAGAAGACGAGGAUGAGCAGCUGGUCCCUCCUAGGAAGAAAUUUUGCCUGUCGCUCUCAGGGCGCAGCAAAUCACUCACUACAAAAACAACUACUCAGCCCCCUCGUACAUCUACCAGAGGGGGCACUCUGAAUAAAUAUCUUUUCUCAAACGAAACAGGUGAGAGCAGAAUGUUAAAUGGAUAUCGAAGUCAAUUGCCAAACUCCCAGGAGGCUAUGUGCAACACAGUAAAUAGCGGGACAGAAGGACUGCGGAUAGCAUCACUGUGCAAUCUGGGCAACACAUGUUUUUUAAACAGUGUAUUGUACACCCUACGAUUUGCACCCUCCUUUUUACACAAUCUACAUCAUCUGGCCACCGACUUAUCCAAUUUGACUGUGAAACAACUUCAAACUAAGAUGAAAUCAUCAUCACUUGGUAGAACUGGUGUAUUGCUAACAGCAAGUGGUAGUCGUAGUUGGAGCAGCAAAGAUCUUUUGGCGUUAGCAGGUCCAAUGGGAGAUUCUAAUAAACCUAAAAUACAAGUGGCUACGGAGAAGUUACACGAGUUAUUCGCAGCCUUGAGAAUUUCGGAGAUGAAAGAUAACGGUGAACCGUACCAACCUGAUGCAUUUCUACAAGCACUGAGGGAGGUAAAUCCUAUAUUUGAAGGCAAUCAGCAGCAGGAUGCACACGAGUUGUUAGUCUGUUUACUGGACAACAUACGAGAAACGUUUCAACUGCUUGUAAGGUAUAGAGAGAGUGAAUUCGGGCAGAAUGGUGGAGGAUCAGAUUUGUACAUUGAUCAAGUAAAUGAUGCACAGUCUGAAAGUAGUUCGAGUAAACGUGGCCUUCGCAAAUCAAAGAAGAAAAAAAAGUUCUCUUCCAAAGGGAGCCUGAACUUUAUCCAAUCAAGUUCAAAUGGAACUGCGCCACCUUCGAAACCAUUAGAAAAUGGUCACUUAGAAAUGGUUGAAAGUAACAGCGAACUUAUGGCACCUCAACCAGAGAGCAAAAAGUGCUUUAUUUCAGAGGAUUUUGAGGGGGUUAGCCUCCUCCGCACAACGUGUUUAGAGUGUGAACACGUGACUGAAAGAAAAGAAACAUUUUGCGAUAUUUAUGUUCCAAUAGAUACUGACCAAUCAAAUGAAAAAGAAGAGGAUAAAAGUUUAAUGGACAGUAGCGAAGUGUAUAGAAGAGCCGUAGUAACAAGUGAACUUUUGCGGGGUCGAGAUAAGUACUGGUGUGCUUGUUGCUUACGUUACAAUGAAGCGCGGCGUGCUGUGUGCUUUCCUUCCUUACCCAGGCUUCUCAUACUGCAAUUGAAAAGAUUCUCCACCACAGCAGGGUCGAUGGAGAAGAUCAACAAUCAUAUGCCAACUCCCUUAACGUUGCAGUGUUUUUGCGAAGAUUGUCUGAGUGAUAUACCAGGCACAAGUAUUAGAAGAGAAACUCGACAUGUCUACAAAUUGUAUUCAGUUAUUAUGCACCAGGGAGCAACAAUGACCGCAGGUCAUUAUGUGGCGUACACACGAUUACCGGACGAAUCUGCAUCGUCUGAAUAUUUUAAUUGUGAACGUGAUAAUAAGCGGCAAGCUCCGAUACAAAAUAAUAGUAAUACAACAUCGGACAAAUCAUCUGGUAUAAUGAAAUUCUUUAGAUCGAAAUCAAAUGUUAGUGAAAACAAAGAACAAUUAAAUGUAUUAAGAGUUGGCUGUCGCAGCAUGGAGUGUUGUGGUAUUCGUAGAAGUAAACAUGGUGGGUCGUGGCUGGAGUGUGAUGACGAAGUAGUUAGGAUAAUUCCACUGCGCGAAUUUGAAGAAAAAUUGGCUCCAAAUCCGCGCAAUUCUGCAACACCCUAUUUGUUAUUUUACGUACGGUCGACGACAUAAGCAUUCCUCUGUGCAAUUAGAUUAAUUAAUAGUUUAUAUUUAAAUAAAUCUAAGAUUUAGACCUGACACGUUAUCAUUUGAUGAAACAUUUAUGUACAGAAAAGAAUCACACACGGCAGAAUUGAAGCAUAAAUAUUGGAAAUUUUAUGAAAGUGUGAAUCACGUUGAAAUUUUCAAAUUAGGGAACACUACUUUCACUAUGAUCACCAUAUUUACUGCUGUGACCCCAAAUAUUUAUAACUUUAUUUUUUAAAAUGGUUUAGUACCUGGGCUAAGUGUACGGUUGCAAAUACAUUUUUAGUGCACAUAUAACGAUUGCUUUAUACUAUAUGUGCGACCUAGUUUUCCAAAUAUUAAUGAACGGAAAAUUUGUUCAUUUGUACAAUCGUAAUUGCUUAUACUUAUACACUUUGAGAUCGUAAGUAGAUCAAUUUAUAAAAGAACAAAUGAAUAUAUUUAUUGUUAAACGCGAGAAAACAAUGAGGGGAAUAGCGGAUGUAGACGUCGAGUAUUAAAAUUUCCAAGAUAUUAUGGACAUCAAAUUUCUCGUUAAGUACAUAGCUGUCCGUAGAAUAAAUGAAAACAUAUAUUUCAUCGUGUAAACAUGAACGUUUCUAGUAUUUGAUGCAGGUAUGUACUGUAUACAUCCGUAUUAUGUAGAACAUAAAACCUUGUUGCAAAAAUGAAUAUACAAAUCGAUACCUCCCGACACGGAUCCAUACGAUGCUGGUAAUAGAAUGUAGCAUUCACUAUACCUCAAACUAAUCCGAUACACUCCAUUUUUAACUUUUCAACUUUUCAACUUCAUCUUAGAUAUUUUUAUAAGUUCGUGAACCGUUCUUCCAAUACUCUGUAUGCCGACAAAUUUAUAACUGCCGUUUUAACUUUAUGGAUGGAUAACUGCGUUCGCAGCGUACUCUCGUUAUUUCAAUUGAAAAUAAUAUAAGUAUACAAAGUUUAAUUGACGUACAAAAUAAUUGUCGUUUUGCAAGCUAUAUGACACAAUAUUUAGUACUUCCGUUUAAACAAGUGAAUAAUUCAAGAUCGCGAAAGAAACUAAAUAUCUGACCAAAUCCAAUCGUGAAUUCGAAAUACCCAACAGUAAUAUCUCUUUAUGCACCAAAUGUUAUUUUAGUUACCUUAGCCAACUUUUCUCUGCCCAGUACAAAACGCUGCUGAAGUUCACCCAUGAUCGUAAUCAUUGAAACGUUGUUAAAUAGUACUCUGACUGCUAUCAUGUACUAUAUAUCGCAUACACUUUUUUUUACUUGUAACUGUUAAAAUAUAUUUGAAAAAAAGAAUGAAUCUAUUUUGUGAUUGCACAGUAUUUAUUUUCAUGCACAGAGCAAUGUAAUAGUUUUCGACUUCCAAACUUUACUGGUAUAUAUUUUCGUUGAACACCCGGAAGUUAUAUUUAACGUUAUAAAUAUCUUUUUAUUAAGAAUAAGAGUCGAUAGUGCGCUACCACUGGUUUGGUUUCAUGGAUCCGAAUCUGUUGUUGAAUUGUAGCUAGCACACCUGACUGGUUGUGAAUAACAUUAUUUUGAAAAUUUUAUUUCAUUUACAUUCAAACAUGAUGAUUCAAUAUAAUGUACCCAUUAAGCACAAGCAAUGCGAUAGAGUGACAAGAAAUUUGACAGUUUUCCACAACUUAUUGUUACUAAUUUAUGUUUUUGGAUGAAUUAAAAAC